AUGAAGCUAGCUGAGUAUCUUUAUAUGCUGAAACUUGCUAAUCCCGGGACGAUAGCUGAUAUUGAGACAGAGGUGGACGACGAGGGUGUGGAGCGGUUCCUUUACAUGUUUUUUGCGUUUGGGGCAUCUAUUAAGGGGUUUCAGAAGCUGAGGCAUGUGUUGGUUGUUGACGGCACACAUCUAAGUGUGAAGUACAAGGGAGUGUUGCUUACAGCAAGUAGACAAGAUGGCAAUUUCCAAGUGUUUCCUAUGGCAUUUGCAAUAGUAGACAGUGAGGAUAUUGAGGCUUGGACGUGGUUUCUGCAGAAAGUUGAGAGGCUAUUGGCAGAUUCAAGCAACCUUGCUAUAAUAUCAGACAGGGCCACUUCAAUUGCCAACGCGGUCAGCUGUGUGUAUCCACAAGCCCAUCAUGGGUUUUGUAUCGUCCAUUUGGCCAGGAACGUGAAUGCUAGGUUUUCUAGUAAGGGGUUAGCGAGGCUGGUGACUGCGGCUGUGACUGCGCAUAGGAUGAGAGAUUACAAAAACUUCUGUGACAAGAUCAGGGCGUCAAACAACGAAUGUGGGGUCUAUUUGGGGAAGAUAGGGUCUGCACGUUGGUCUAGAACGUACUUUGGGGGGCAGAGGUAUAAUAUAAUGACUAGUAACAUAGCUGAACAGCUUAACAACGCGUUGGUAGAGGGUAGGUCGUCCCCAAUAAUUGAGUUGGUGAUGUUCAUACAAGGGAUGAUGACAAGGUGGUUCAGUGCAAGACGUAAGAAGGCCAAUAAGCACCGGGGUUUGAUGACAAUAGAAGUCGAUAAAGUGAUGACGAAGACCAUGGCGAUGUUUAGGGGCAGCAAGGUUAACUCUAUUUCUAGCUGGAGCUGCCAAGUUGUUGGGAAGUUUGGUGGUUCUGAGAGUGUUCAGUUGGAGCAGAAGAAGUGUACUUGCAAGUACUUUGACAACAUGAAGAUACCAUGUGGACAUGCCAUGAUUGCAGCCGACAACAUGGGGCUCGCAUAUGAGACUAUGGUAGGACAUUGGUACAAGACGGUGGCGUGGAGGGAAACCUAUGCAGGUAUUAUUUGCCCAAUUGGCGACCCUAGAGACGAAGAUAUUCCAGACGAUAUCAGGGAUGCAACGUUAAUGCCAACAUUGACUAAGAGGCCACCAGGAAGGCAUAGGACCAAAAGAUUCCCCUCGACAGGGGAGAUGCCGGUAGAUACUCUUGUUGAAAUUAGUGUGGGAUUAUUUAAUAAAUGUGACUAUCCAUCUUUGUGCUAA